AUGAAAAAAGGAUAUAUACUGAAGCUCGGACUUGCUUUCUUGUUGGCAAUUUUCAUUUUUCUAAAUUGCAGAAAAUUGGAUAUAUCUACCCCAAACUACCAUGGAUUACUAGGACAGGCUGAAGAAAAUCAUGAAAUUAGAAAAAGAGAAUGGGUCGAAGCCCUGAAUAAAACAAUGCAGAGUGUUGGCAAUAGAAAGCACCGUUUUCCCGAUGUUAUUGGAAUCGGUGUACAGAAGUGCGGAACUGCCGCAGUUAAUCUGUUUUUGAAUCUACAUCCACAUAUACGCGCACUCCAAGGUGAAGGGCAGUUUUUUGCAAAAGACUUAGAAAAGAUGGGAUUGAACUACUACAAGAACAUGCUUCCCGCUGCAGCCGAUCAUGAGAUAGUAAUGGAAAAAUCACCAUCGUAUUUCUGGAGGUACGGCAUAGCGAAAAAAAUGCAUAAAAUUAUGCCGGAUUUGAAGAUAAUUGUGAUACUAUGCAAUCCAAUUCAACGAGCUCUCUCAAGUUUUGCUAUGGAGCAAACUUAUAAAAGAAUGACUCCGACCACGUUUGAUGCGUUUGUCGAAGGCCAGUUAGUUAGACCAACAGACAACAAACACAAUUUGGAGCGAUUGAAUAGUAAUAAUAAUGAGUGGAAAAAACUUAUUGAUGAUGGAAAAUAUUUGAGGCCGAUAAAAAAAUGGUUGGAAGAAUUUCGAGGUUCUAUGUACAUAAUCAAUGGAGAUGAAUUUAUAAACGACCCUGCCACAGUGAUAGAAGAUUUGCAAGAUUUUUUUAAAAUUCCAAAACUCAUACGCCGUGAAGAUUUUAUUCGUAGCAAAGUUACUGGAAUGUUCUGUGUUAAUCGUUGGUGGAGAAAAGAAAUUUCAAUAAAUCAAACUUUAUUUAAAUCAAAUUCAACAGUUUAUUGUUUAAAGUCAAACAAAGGAAGGACGCGCUCAAAAGCGGCUUUGCCUGAAUUUACUAUGUCCAAUUAUACUAGAAAUUUACUUACAAACUAUUUUCAACCUCACAACAAAAAGCUAUAUAAUUUGUUAGGAAGGAGAUUGAAUUGGUGACUAUACUUCGUAUAAAACCAAAACUUUCAUCAAAAAACAUUUUCUACAAACGACUAAUGACGAGGUUUCGAGACUCCAUGCACUACCAAGGUAAAUCACGUGCCUUAUCGAAUUAAAAAUAGUAUUAUAAGUAUGUCAGGUAUAUUAUUUGUCUUCUAGCAGUACUGCAAAUUUGGAGAAUUUUACUAAAGAUGGAUGCCAAAUGACAAUUUUUUUCAAAUUUCAAGGCCAUUUCGACUUUGAUAUUUUAGUGUAUAACUCGACUGUUACUGUGAAUGAGACGGAAUGAAAUUACAACACAUUACAUGGACUAUGGUUUUGCAUGGAACGUUUUUAAAUCCAAAUGAAAUCUGUGACUCUGGCUCUGCUAGCCGCUGACAAAACAAAUACUAUCUAACUAAAAUGCUAAAUAAAUGCUUGGCUAUACUGCCGAAUCAUAUGUGAAGGAUAGUUUCAAGAAGUAUGAGUAGUCGAAGGAACGGGAGAUUUUUAAUGAGUUUCCAUGGUGAAGUCAGGAUAAUAUACACUACAUGUCCUACAAAUUUGAUAUUUAAAUUUAAUUUUUGUACAUUUGCUCAUUUUGAUUGAUCAAAAUUUACCAGACCCGUAGUAAAUUUUGGCAUUAUUCAAUUUUCACUAUUGUGAAGAAAAUUGUAUAUUUUUAACGUGCCAAUAUAUGUUAAUAAAUGCAACA